GACACGUUGAAGAAUACUUCCUACAACAGAUAUGUCAGCCUUCAGCGUGUAGAGAACAGCAGCUAGCUUAGUUAUUUAACAUUACUCCACUCAACGAUGGUUGUUACAGUCUCACAGUCCUUCGACACAGGGACCAUCCUUCGUGUCAGAGGCCCGCUGGAGUUCAAAUGUCAGCUGGACCGCACAGAUGCACUGCUAAUACACAAAUGCAUCUCGACAACAUUUGAGAUGCUUCACUCUCAGGUGAAAUCUGAGUCCUGUGUUCUAACAAUCUGUGACAGUCCUGUUAUUAUUUGGCCAAAUAGAGGUGUUUAUGCAACACCUGAAGAAAUAUCUCCAAAUAUGCUGUGUGAAGAUAUACACCAAUGGAUACAGACAGAUGAACAAGAGAGUGCUGGCAAGAGAUCUGCAAAAAAGAAAAGCAAAAAAAGUUCAGCAGUGAGUGUCAUUAACCUUCGCCUGAUGAUGGAGGCAACAAAGACAGGCCCUCUUUCAGCCCCGAUCCUCAGCAAAACAGUCCAGAAAUCCCACUUCCUGUCUACGACUCUUCCCAUUGACUGUGUCGUCCAUACCACCUGCAAUGACACAAUCAAAGAUGCCUUUGAGCGCCUGUUGGAGGCGCUAACUCAUCAGCUGUGUGAGAUGGAAAAAGUGAUCCUGCAACACAUGAAGGGGACCACGCUGCUGAUUCCUGAACCGCUCCACUUCCUCCUUCCAGAGCCAAAAGGACUAGUGACCAUGGUUUACCCAGCAGGGGUGCCUGACAGCCAACUAGAGGCACAACGUAAGGAACUGCAUCAACAGUUUGACCUACCAAAUGACUGGCCCUAUUUUAGAAGAGCCGCUGCUUACCACUUUCCCAAUGAGCCUUACAAAGAUGGUUACCUUCGAAACCCUCAUCUGGUCCUCACACAUCCAUCCCUGGACAACGGAAAGGUGUACUUGGUCCAGGGGAUCUACAGCUAUCGCCACUACAUGCAGGACCACAUGGAUGACAAUGGCUGGGGCUGUGCUUAUCGCUCCCUCCAGACCAUCUGCUCCUGGUUCCAGCAGCAAGGCUACGUAGAGCGGGCCGUGCCAACUCACAAGGAGAUUCAACAGGCUUUAGUGGAUGUCGGAGACAAACAGGCAUCCUUUGUUGGAUCACGCCAGUGGAUCGGAUCCAUUGAGGUUCAGGCUGUUCUAAACCAGCUGCUUGGGGUCACUUCCAAGAUCAUGUUUGUGAGUCAAGGUUCUGACUUGGCAUCCAAAGGCAGAGAACUGGCCAACCACUUCCUUACUGAAGGGACUCCCAUCAUGAUUGGAGGGGGAGUUUUAGCUCACACUAUUCUAGGUGUGGCAUGGAGUGAGACCACUGGGCAGAUCCGCUAUCUCAUCCUAGAUCCACAUUACACAGGAGCAGAGGACUUACAAGUUAUCACAGACAAGGGCUGGUGUGGCUGGAAAGGACCAGAUUUUUGGGAUCAAACUGCGUAUUAUAAUCUGUGUCUGCCUCAGAGGCCAAAGGUCAUCUAAGCUCUCACAGCCUUUCAGACGAACAUCAUCUGAGAUUGGUAAAGCAGCCGCAAAUCUUUGGAGUGACACUAUGACCUUUUUAUGUGUCCAGCAUUGCUUAUUUCUGUAAUGAUGUUAAAUUCUUGUAAUUAACGUUUUUGAUUUUGGUCAAGUGCUACAUAAUCUAUUGUUUUAGCAACAAAGACAACUAGAGAUUGAUGUAAUUUGGUAUUGAAAAGAGAAAUUGUUUAUAUCAUGUUCUGUACUUUUUCAUUGUUUAAUAAGACAGAGGCUUGUGAAAAAUGUAUACUAAAUAGGCUCAUUGCAUUUGGAAAUACAGUUCAUCAAGGUCAACAGUGUUUUAUCAUUGCUUUAUGUUACCGGUAGACAAAUUGCUGAUUGUACAAAAAUUAAAUUAUACAGUAUAUUUUGUCCUAAA